GAGUUCUCUAUCGAAUUAGACUGUUCAUUUGCAGCUUGUUCAUUUGCAGCUGAAGGCAAAAGUGAUGGAGAGAAACAUUUACUGUUUUUUGGUUUUCAUGAAUUUAAAGGUGCCUGGGCAGUGUCAGACUGAAGUCCCUGGAUUCGUUUCACUUGAUUCCAUUCUUUUACAUGCUGUGUUGGCUUUGCUGGUCGGUGUACUGAUGCUCUGCAUAGUAACUGUAAUCGGAAUCUUUGUGGUGUGUUUCAGACAAAAUAAGAUUUGGAAGAAGCUGUCGGUAGAAGAGACUACGUAUGCACAUAUAAACCACCAUGCUCUGCAGUGUGUGCCAGUAGGUAAUGAUUUGAAUCAUCAAAACCAGGAAACCUUAUCCUGCAACAGUAGAACAGCUACUCGGCCAUCCUCUCUCAGACUUACAGGAGGUCAAGUUCAGGGUGGUUCAUUUGAAAAUUGUGAAGGAGCAGAAAAUCAGUUGCAUAGCUGCUCUCAUUCUUCUGGCUCCAGUGCUUUUAAACAAUUGAACCCUCCUGACUAUGAGGACUCAAUGGCAAGGAGGGCAAAACAAAACAGCAGAACUGUCAGGGUAUCUCAGGAGAAAACUGGUAAUUCCUGGAGUAGAGUGGACCUUUCUUCAAAAGAAGAAAAUUGGUCUCAUUAUGUAGAUAUGAAUGCAUGCAAAGCUCUUGAAGAUGUUGAACAGAGGGAAAGUGUAGAUGGUGAAUGUGUUUAUGAUAUCCCACGUCGCUUCUCCUGCACCUGCUUCAAAACGUCUAGUGCAUGCUUGUGUUUUACUAGUUCGGCAACCGCAACACUGAAAAACGCAAAGCAUUCUAGAGUCCUUUCAGACAACUACAGUGACCAGGUUAACAAGACAUCUCAGGAGUUUGAAAACUCAAAAAAUAGACCAACUACAUUCCCAACCUACAAAGAUUGUGGCAUAUAUGUUCCUUCUCUACCAAGAGCAGAGUCAAAAGACUCUGGUGUAGCAUCGAUCAUCGGUUCACAGUCAUUGAAUACAGAUGAAAGCUCUGGCAAGGUAGAGAAGAGAAGAUACACAUGUAAUUGUAAUGUAGAGCAAGACAGACUCGCAUUAGCAAAGAAACCCUCAUCAAUACAGAAGAGUAAGCAGAGGGUAACACAGAAAACCUCAAAUAAACCAAGUUUGUUUAUUUAAUAGCUGAACACAUUUCAGCACAUCUGUUUUUCAGAAGUGCAACCUUUUUUAUAUAUAGUUUUAAAUGAACUUAGUUGUAAACUGGUAUUACAAAUAUAUAUACUUCUGGAAAGAUUUGAAAAAUGAUGUAGUGCUGGUCUGUUUAGUAGUUGGAGGUAGUUCAAGCUGGAGGCCUGGCACAAGAUAAUGGGAUGCAGCACAUGGAGUUUAAUGUUGCUGUAUGGACUGAACUGAAUAAAAUACUGAUAUGUACAAACCAUCAUUGCUGCAGAAUAUAUUAUACAAAGUAUAUAUAUAUAUAUAUAUAUAUACAUGGGAAUAUUACAUUUAAUGCCAGUACACUUAUUUACUUCAUUAACUAUAUUAAACAUUUUACAAAAAAACAAUGUUGUGGCAGCCAAUAAGGAACAGAAGAUUAUCAUGGAACUUGUUUUGAUAUGACUAAAAUGGUAGUGACUUUAUUGAGGAACUUUGUAGUUCUCUUUUGCCUGUCUGUACACUAGCAAUAAUUUGUACCUGUUUUCGCAAUGUGUAAUUACAUUUUACAAACACAACUAUGCUCCCUGAGAAUGUAAAUUACCACAGUGCAAAAUGUUAUAUUCAUUGUUCUUGUGUUGUACUACAUUCAAUAGUUAAUUAUAUUUGAGUCGCAUAAUUGCAAUUGAAUCACAUUUAUUAAUGUUGAAAAUAUGAAAAUUAAAGAAUUGUUCAAAAAUCUUGUUUUUCUGUCCCGUCCUCCCCCACCCCUUCCAACUCCCCCCUUCCUUUUUCUUAUGAGUUCACCCUUGGUGGGUGAACUCCACAUAAUGUUGUAAUACACUUUGGGAUUUUAUGUAUUUAUUUUUUUACAUUAUAAAAAAUGUCAGGUCUAGGCUUGUACCUAAAGAUCUAAAUAAUGGGUCACAUUUUCCAAGUAACUUCCUUUAACAUGUUUUUAUCAGCAGGUUUUAAAUCAAACCGAUCAAAAAAUGUGUUUAUUUCACAACAAGAAAAGCAAACUUUCCCUCAAUUAUACAACUGAGUACCAAUGAAUGGCAAUUGGCAAUCGUGUAGACAAGUGUGGAAAUGAGAGAACGCUUUGUUUUGUGUUGUGUAAGCAACAUCAUUUAUUUCAUUUAAUGUAUAACUUAUCUGUAUAGAACACAUUCAGAGUAAAACUUUAGAACACGCUAAAAGAUCAAAUACAUUUAAAAGGUUUUUUUUCCA